AUUAGCUAGAGAUCAUUGAUGUCAUUUUCCGGAGUUAUUUAAAAGUCCCAACGCGAAUCCUGAGAAUUCUUCAUAUCAAGUUCAACAAUCAAGUGUGAUAUACUUAUAGUGUUUAUAGUUUAUACAUUAAUAUUAAAAAAAAAAAAAUUUUUAAUUGUCAAUUUUGCAAAAUUAUAAGAAAAAUAAUGGUUUUAAGAAUUUUUCAAAUUUAUUUAGUCGUUCAAUUUUCUUUAUUGAUAAUAUUGAAUUAUUUUAUUUUCCCCGCGGCAUGUGAAAUAAUUACUUUUCAAAAAACUAAAAUUCUCAAAGAGAAUAAUAAUUAUUUUAAAAAUUAUCAAAAUAAAAGUCAGCCAAUAAAUGAAUUGAAGAAUUUGAUAAAAGGAAAUUUUAUUGAAAAUGAACAAUUUAAUAAAUCUAAUUGGUUCUCGAAUAUUCCACUUUUGCCAAUAGCAAUUGCAACUUCAAAAUCAAUUCCUGAUGGUCCAUGCAAAACACAAUUACGUUUAUAUCUAAAUCAUUUAAAAAAUGGCACACUAUGGGCAGUGGAAAUGUUUGAUUCAUCAGCAAAGUAUCCUUAUGGGAUAUUUGAUGGCCUUAAUCGAUACUUGGGGAGCUUCGAUCAAUGCAAUCGAAUUCAAACAAUUGUGUCGAAUAGCAAGGAGAAUGACAAAUUUGAAGAAAUUCGCAGCAAAUAUUGUUUGGUGGAGAUAAAUUAUCAGAAAAAUCAUGAAACAAUAAAUAAUAUUGGGAAAUAUGAUCUUGAAUUUGAAUCACAAAAAUCUGCCUGGGAAUUAAUAUGGAAAACAACAAAUUUUCGAACUCGUUAUCAAAGGAACGUUUUACAAAUGGCAUUGUGUUUUCCUGCAAAAUGUCAUACAAAAGAUAUUAUUGCAGCUUUAAAGGAGCCUUUAGAAAAAUUUAAUUCGCAAUAUAAUCUUCAAGUUCAUGCAACGAUUCAUCCAGAAUAUUGCCAUACAAAUAAUGAGACUUCAAAAUUUUCUAAUUCGAACAGGGCUUAUUGUUUCUUUCUCUGUACAAUAAUUGGCCUGGUUGUAAUUAGUACAAUUUUGGAUAUAAAAUCUGUUCAACAAGAGAACAAUUAUUGUUUCUCAAGAAAAUUAUUGGCAUGCUUUUCUGCACGACGAAGUUUAAAUGCAAUUUUUAAAGUGAAAUAUAAUCAAAAUGCCUUUGAUUGUUUGCAUUUAAUUCGAUGCAUUUUUGCAAGUUCCACAGUUUUUCAACAUAGAAAUAUAGAAUUAAUGCACGGAGGAAAUAUAACUGGAUCGCAUUAUGAAAAAAUUUUAAGUACACCAUUUUUAGGUUUAAUUUAUAAUACUGAUAUUACAGUAGAUGGAUUUUUUGGAUUAUCAGGAAUUGUUUUAUCCUAUUAUUUAUUGGAAUUUUUGGAAAAUUCAAAUGGACUGAAAAUUUUUCCACUUAUUUUCAAACGUUUUAUAAGAUUAACGCCAUUAUAUAUGUUUAUGGCAUUUGCAUAUGCAUUUUUCAUUUAUCAUUUAGGAUCUGGACCAUUUUGGGAAAGUAGAUUUGGUUAUGAUAGGGAUAGUUGUUCCUCUAAUUGGUGGACGAAUUUAUUUUUUAUUCAUAAUUACGUUAAUUGUAAUAAAAUGUGUAUUCCUCAAUCUUGGUAUUUGGCUGUCGACUUUCAAUGUUAUAUUAUUGGAUUAUUAUUAAUUGGAGUAUUUCACAAAAUGCCACGUAAAAUUGGUUAUUAUUUUCUAGGAUGCAUUCUAAUUAUAUCCGCUGCAAUUCCAUUUUAUAUCACUUAUAAUAAUAAUGUUGAUCCAUUUAUAAAACUUGAUUUAAGAAAAAAAAGAGUUGAAGCAAUUGAAUAUCUUACAAAUUAUUAUAUAAAAACUCAUAUGCGAUUAUCGGCAUAUUUUGUUGGAUUAAUUAUGGGCAUUGUUAUGUAUGAUUGUAAAUUUAUUGUUUGGCGUCUUUCGAAGUUUUGGUCACAUUUUUUGUUUAUUUUGCAAGUAAUGAUAUUGCCACUUUUAUUCCAAUGGUUUGGAUCAUAUUUCAUUGAUGAAAAUUCAAAUCCAAGUUUAUUUACAUUAGCUCUUUACGCCUGUCUUCAUAGACCAAUUUUUGCAUUUAGUAUUUGUUCUAUUCUCCUUUUAAUUACAAUAGGCCAAGGAUUAGAUUUUUAUUAUUAUUUACUGACACCCAGAUGGAUUCAACCAUUUUCUAGACUUUCUUAUGCAAUUUUUCUCUCUCAUUUUGCAAUUCAAUCUUAUGAACUGGGAACCGCUAGAACUGCAUUUACUUAUUCGUUUUAUAAUUCAAUUAGAAAUUUUAUUGGGGAUAUUAUUUACGUUUCAUUUUUAUCAUUAGUACUAGUCAUACUAAUAGAAAAACCGUUCUCAAAUCUCGAAAAAUUACUUUUUAGAGGAAAGAAAGAAGAAACAUCAUUCAAUUCAGACAAGAAGAUUGAAUAAAAAUAAAUUGUUUUAUUUUUGAAUAUGAAUAUAAUUUACAAAAAUUGGAUUUGGAAAUUGAAUUUUUGAAAAAUUUGAAAUUAUUAUACCACAAAUGUAUAUUAGGGCAAAAAAUGGAAUUCAUAAUUUUAAUUUUAA